GCAUGAUAUCGUUUUAAGCGAAAAUAAUAACAUUUGAAGCAAGAAAUGGAUGAGAAUCAAUUAAAGGAUGUUUUAAAAAGUCGUUUCAAUUUCAACACCUUCAAAUCCAACCUCCAAAAAGAUGCAAUCAUUAAAAUCGUUCAAGAAAAAGCGGACGUUUUGGUUUCGAUGCCUACGGGCUCGGGAAAAUCGCUUUGUUACCAACUCCCCGCCGUGUUAAAAGAGAGGCAAACAACGUUGGUGUUUUCGCCGCUUUUAGCGUUAAUAAAAGACCAAAUCGAUCAUUUAAAAGCGAUUAAAAUCCGAGCGGCGUCUUUAAACUCAAAAACUUUAAAAGGAGAGCGCGAAACGAUUUUAACUGAUCUAAAAAGUGUCUCACCUAACAUUAAGUUAUUGUAUAUAACCCCUGAGCAGGCUUCAACUCAAACUUUUAAGGAGUUAUUUCAAAAUUUGGUUAAAUUUGAUAAAAUUGCGUAUAUUGUAGUUGAUGAAGCGCAUUGUGUGAGCGAAUGGGGGCACGAUUUUCGGCCGGAUUAUCUCAAAUUAGGCGAAUUAAGGAAGGGGAAUGAGAUCCCUUUUGUUGCUUUAACCGCGACGGCCGGGGCGGAAGUCACAAAAGACAUUAUUUAUAACCUAAAGUUAUCAAAGAAUUUAAAAAUAUUUAAAUCGUCGUCGUUUCGCGAAAAUUUAUUUUACGACGUCUUUUUUAUCAACAUCCUCGACGAUCCUUACUUGCAUUUAAAACAAUUUAUCGAAAAACAUUUAUAUUUUGAUAAAGAAAUUGACGUGGAGAAUAAAAAAAAAUCUUGCGGGAUCAUUUAUUGCAGAACUCGCGAUCAAACCGAGGUUUUAUCGACGAAAUUAAAUUCUUUAGGGGUGAAAUCGACGGUUUAUCACGCUGGGUUAAACCAUAAGAAUCGAAUUGAGUGCCAAGAAUCGUGGCAAAGCGGUUGCGUUCAAGUUAUUUGCGCCACAAUUAGUUUUGGGAUGGGAGUUGAUAAAGCGUCGGUGCGUUUCGUGGUUCAUUGGGGGGUCCCAAAAGAUCCCGCGUCUUAUUACCAAGAAUCCGGGAGAGCUGGACGCGAUGGAAACAACUCGUUCUGUCGAUUAUAUUAUAACCGCUCCGAUCGAAAAGCCGUCGAAUUCUUGAUAACCCAAGAACUCGGGAGAUCCAAAGAUAAAAAACAACGCGAAAAUAAAGCCAAAAACGCGAUGAAAUCGUUCGCAAAAAUCGUAGAAUUUUGCGAAUCCCCAAACGAGUGUCGCCAUAAAUUAUUUGCAAAACACUUUGGGGAUGAUUUUAAACGAUGUAAAACUAAAUGCGACGUUUGCGUUGAUCCUAAAAAGGUCGAAAAAAUGGUUGAGUUAUAUCUAACCAAAAGCAUUCAAUUUAAUUCGCUCCCCCAAGACAUUAAUGAUAUGAAUUAUGACGACCUUUAUGAGGGCGGGCGAAAAGCUGCUGAUAAUUACGAUAAUAACGAAAACGAUGAACGUAACAUUUACGAAGAAAAAGCCAAAAAAGAAACUACCGAGCUAAUUAGGAAACAAUUUCAACUAAGGCGGAGUGCCCAAGAAGUAUCAAAAGACACCAUCGAUAAGUUAUUCGCGAAAAAUUCUAAAGUUCAAGCGGCCGGGUCGACGAAAACUAAAGUUAAAGGGCUCACAAUCGCAGCUAGGGAGCAAUACUUUUCGAAAAUCACCGAGGUUUUGAUCGAAAAUUAUAAUCAAUGCGUUGAGGAGAAAGUUCUUGAUGCAAUCGAUAUUGAGGAAUGUACCAAGGAAUUAGAAUACUCUACUUUUACCUCGGUUACGACGCUAAUGAUGUAUCGAAACGCUUCAGCUAAAUUGGUAAGUAAAUGCUUUUCUCGAAAUUGACGCAUUUGAGAGCAAAAAUGAUAAGAUUAGGUACAACUUUCGUUCGAAAAGUUUUUUUGUAACAUCAUUAGAUUCCCGAAUACUACCACGACGAAGUAGUAAAAUAACGAAAU